AGACAGCAGCUCAACCCUCAACCAUGCGGACUCCGGGGAUCCUGAUAUUCGGCAUGGUCCUGGCCCCCUGCGGAUGGAUCCUGAACCUUACCAGCACGGUCGCGCCCAACUGGCGCACCAUCCACAGCCUGGCAAACGAGCCUACGGAUCUGGUGGUGGAACAGGGAAUCUGGGACAUCUGCAGGACCUCCACAACGUCUAGAUCCCAACAGUGCAACCAACAAAGCAACGACCAAACGUAUUUUAGCAACCAGAUCAUUCCGAUCGCUAAAGGAAUGAUGGUCGCGUCGUUGAUUGUGACAGUGCUCGGCCUGGCGGUGGCAACACCCGGAGUCAGAUGCUGGAAGGACAGACCCAGAUGGAUACUGGCUUCUUUGGGUGGCCUCCUUAUCUUCUGCUCCGGAGCCCUGACCAUCAUUCCCAUUGCGUGGUACACUCAUCUCCUCACCAGCCUCAAUUCCACCUCCGUCAAAAGAGACCCAGCCAGAGCGGAUGACAUUCGUGUGGGAUACUGCAUCAUUUUGGGCUACAUCGGAGGCAUCCUGGAGGUCCUCGGGGGUUUUGUGAUGUUCCUCGGGAUUUGCUCCUGCUGCGGUGGACACAACCGCGGAGAAAAGCCUCGAACCAACACACAACGGCCGGCGAACAGACCGACGCCUCUGCCAAGGGUCAACGUACCGAGAAACUUCAGCAGGAACACUGAAAGCAGCGUGCCGUACUCGCAGAAGUCACUAGACGAUGACCUGGACUUCCCAAGAGCCAAACCCCGAGAUAUGGGAUCCGUCAACACAUCCUACACUGGAAGACCUUAUGAUGCUGAUCUGUGAAAUUAUUAGCUUGGUACAUACUGUGAACAUUUUCUGAGCGGUAACCACUGUUAAAGACCUGAUAGAUGUUUGAACAACUGCACUCUCGAAAAUUAAGGUUCUUUGUCGUCACUAAUGGUUCCAUUUAGAACCUUUAACAUCCAUGGAACCUUUCCAUUGAACAAAAGAUUUGUAUUGUCAUUGUUUAGAUUUGUAGGGUUCUUUAGAAGAAAUGGUUUGUUUUUUAGGAGUUUUCACUGAAAGCUUUUUUGGGGAACCCAAAUAGGUACUUCUAUGGCAAAAAAACGUUUUAUUUUUAAGAGUGUAGUUGCGCGUGUGGUACACUUGUUACGCCAGUCUUUUUCUUACUUUUACAAGUACUUUGCAUGUUUACAACAGUUAUUGAUUGUGCUUGCCAGUUGCACUUUUAAGCUAAAAAAUAUGAAGGUUUUAAUUUUAGAGUUGUAAAUAGACAAAACGUAACUUCCUGUCAAAAGACGAGGUUCGUAAUGCAGGAUUUGAUUUGAUAAAAACGAGCUCAUUUGAACAAUGAAUAUCUGUGCAAUAUUUUCUUUUGCUGUGGGAAAACAACCUAAAGUCAGAAGAAUUAUCAGGGCUUUCUGUGAUGCAGUGUAACUAGUAAUACUGGUUGUUUCCGUUUUAUCUCCACUGCAUGCUCUGCAGCACGUGGGUCAUGUUUGAACUGUCAGGUGACCUGUGAGUCAUGUGAACAAUGCCAUGAAGCAUAUUGCUCCAAAAAUCAAGAUUGCUGUACCUACCUUUUUCUUUAAAGCUAUGGCUAUACAUAUUGUAAACAUAAUAGUUUUUGUGCCAGUUUUUCCAAGAUUGUCUGCCAAAGAAUAAAACAUGUUCAGCUGUUUCAGUGAGCAGACAACAUACCUCCAGUCUGGAAAUAUUAAAACAAACUUACCUGUUACACAAUUGACUGCAGAACAAAACAUGCAAUGUAUUACAACAAUAAAUUAAUCAAGUGAAUCAUUAACUAUAAACAGAUACAUACAAGAGCAGCGGUGCAAAUUAGGUUAAAUGGUCUAAAACCAUCCAGAUAAAGGAAGUAGGGUGUAUUUACUGUAAUUUCCCAUUGGGGUCAAAGUUUGUGUGGUUUCUAAGCAGCAACCCAUCAUCUUUUAAAUCUCUUUGUAAAGGUUUUUUAUUACA